ACGCCUUUCUUUCCUCCACCCCCGGAAGGUGGCGCUCUUGCGUCACAGAGGUGGGGUGCACGUAGCAACGCCCCCUGCAGACAGACUAGGCGGGGCUGCUUUUGAGGCCUGCCUGCAGCCCAGCUCUAGCUCCUUCGCGCUCCGCCCGGGAUCUCCUUUGGCAGUUAUGGAGGAUUAUCAUCGCCCCAGCGAAGAGGUUGGCUUCAAUGCAGAGGAAGCCCACAAUAUUGUUAGAGAUUGCAUAGAUAGUGUCUUGUCUGGUGAAGAUUAUAAUCAGAACAGCAUCAACCAGUGGACUGCAGCAAUUGUGGAACAAUCCUUGUCUCAUUUGGUUAGGUUGGGGAAAGCUUACAAGUAUAUUGUGACCUGUGCUGUGGUUCAGAAGAGUGCCUAUGGCUUUCAUACUGCCAGUUCCUGUUUUUGGGACACUACAUCCGAUGGAACCUGCACUGUGAGAUGGGAGAAUCGAACCAUGAACUGCAUUGUCAAUGUCUUUGCCAUUGCUAUUGUUCUGUGACAAGCUAAAAAGUUUCAAGUCAAGUCAACUUGCAAUUUUGAUUCAGUGCAUUCUAUGUAAAAUAAAGUGAUAGUUAUAAAUGUGCUAGACAAGUUUGCAAUUAUGCUUAGGAUCUAUCAACAGAAGCUGAUUAUCAUUAUGCCAGUAAUUUCAUAGUAAGAUGGUUCAUUUUACUGGAUAGCAUUAUUUAAAUAGAAAAAAGUAAGGUUAGAAAAAAGCAAAUACAGAUCUAUAGCAUUACCUAAAAAUGUAAAUUUAUAUUUACACCAGCUUUUCAUUAAUCACCAAGGAGACGGGGGAAAGCCUUCCAGAAAAAGAUUGUCUUUCAACUAUAGAAGUUAAGAGGAAAUAUAAUAAUAAAAAACCCAUAAUGAUAAAUCUGGAAAAAUAAUAAUAUUAAGUUAACAAUUCUUAGGCUAUUCUCCCUACUUUAAUUGUACAUAUAACUUAAUGGAAAGCAAUUCUGUUAUUGUCUAUGGACUAAUGUCACAAAACAAAUAUUAACCUUUUUUUAAAUUGUUGAAUUUUUUUGAAAUUUUUGGAUUUGUAUUUUAGGAUAAAUUAAAUCUGCUAUCAUGAAUUUCCAAGUAAAAAUUAUUACAAGGUGUGACAACAAAGUAUAGUUUGUUUAUUCUAUAUGGAACUAACUUGUAUUCAAUUGCUAUUAGGAGCAUUUAUCUAUGACUAUCAUCAUUAUAAAUAUGCUAUUUAAAAUCUAACUUUUUAUACCACCUGUUCUGGUGGACAACUAAAUUUGGAAGAAAAAAAUUGCUUUACAAGAUUGGAGGAAAAAUCAAGUUGGCUACCCAGGUAGAAGCAACCUAAAUAAAAUGUACUUACUCCUGACAGAAUAAUACAAUUUUAAGAAUUUAUUAUAGUCAGUAAAAUAUACUGAAAACAUAUUUAAAUCAUAUUUAAAGGCCUUAUUAGCACUUUAUUAUAUAAAUGUAAAAUUGCCAUUGGCUAUUACCACCUAAAUAAUUUUAAUUAUUUCUGUGGAGUUCACUUUCAUUGAGAUGAAGAUAAAUUAAAAGUAUACAAUCAUUUAGCAGGUUACCACAUAUCUCAGGGUUUAUGAAAUUAGUUAUAUAUACUAUAAAAAUAAAGGUUGAAACAUUAGGUUAAACAGCUAUCCACCAAAUGCGAAGUCAAUCAGUCUUUUCUUUGACCUUGUAAGCAAAAUCAUUUGCAUAUUACACUAACACCAGUACAUAGAGAAUUGGAUUUCUCAUUGGAUUUUGGAAGGUGAAAGAAAAGCUUACUAUUAGUAUUGACUAGAUAGUAUUCUUGUAGGAAUACUAUGUAUACUUGAUAUUUUACUGAGUAAUAUUUUAAUGUGUAAGAAAAAUUUUAUAUAAAUACAGUAUUUCUGUAUUACAGUAGAAUGUAAUACAAUGAUAGAAAUUUUUGGCAUGUCAAAUCGCUCAUUUUUGUUACUCUGCUGGCUGGCUUUUGUGCCUAUAUACAUUACCAUAGUGAUCAAAAUAUCUGCAGUUAAAACUAACCUUUCAAGAUUAUUAUUAAAGCCAGAUUUGAAACAAGAUGAUUAAAAAUACCUCGUUAACUUGCUUUCUGCUGUUUCCAGUUAAAAUGUAAUAAAGUCUA